CAGCAAAGUGGAGAGUUAGCAGGACGGUGGAGAGCUAGGUUAAGGGGCCAGGGGAAGACAGGCGGAGGAGGAGGCGGAGGAGGGGUGGGUAGAGGGUCAGAAGAAUCUUAUAUGAGCCUCAGGAGGUGGCAGUCAGUCGUGUUGCAGAAGUUGCGAGAGGAGGACGUUCGCUGCCGUCCCUCCCACCACCCUCCGCGAUAACCGUGUUCCUACCUGUGUGUAGAGAAAAAGAAAGGCAGAAAAGACUCAAAUCAUAAAUAACAACCGCACGUGUCUCUUUUAUCCCAUCAGAGAAAAAGAAAGGCAGAAAAGACUCAAAUCAUAAAUAACAACCUCACGUGUCUCUUUUAUCCCAUUAAAGAAAAAAAGAAAGGCAAAGAAGACCCAAAACAUUAAAAGAGAAACAAGUGAAUGAACAACAGGCCGUCAACACACCAAAACUUCAUUAAACCAGAUAAACAAAGUGACUGUUCUUGUAGUUCUCUUCGUGUACGUCAAACCAACCAUCCAGAACCACUACGAAGAUUAACAGCAGCAUCACCAUCGCCUUCCCACUCCCCUCUAACGAAGACCAUAAGGAAAUAAAGCUCCACUGCAGGCUUUACAAAGUUUCAAAGGUUGGUGGAUGGGCGCAGCAGAAUGAUGAAGAACUCCGGACUGCUGAGGUGGACCAACAACAACAAGAACAACAACAACAACAAGAACAAUGCCAAGAAUGCUAACAAGAACUGGCUGCACCCCCCGGAGGCCCUACAGAAGGGCCACAUCGCAUACCUGGUCAAGUUCCUGGGGAGCACGGAGGUCAACCAGCCCAAGGGGAUUGAGGUUGUGAAGGAAGGCAUCCGAAAGCUCAAGUUCAACCAGCAGUUGAAAAAGGCCGAGGGCAGCAAGACCCCAAAGGUUGAGCUAACAGUGUCCAUCGAUGGAGUGGCCAUACAUGAACCCAAGACAAAGCGCAACCUCCACCAGUACCCGCUGCAUAGGAUCAGUUACUGUGCAGAUGACAAGGCGGAAAAGCGUUUCUUCAGUUUUAUCGCCAAGGAAGCGGACUCGGACAAACACACAUGCUUUGUCUUCGUUAGUGAUAAACUGGCUGAAGAAAUCACCCUAACCAUUGGCCAGGCCUUUGACUUGGCUUACCGGCGCUUUGUGGAGACGUCCGGCCGGGAGGUGGAGAUGCGUCGCCAGAUGUUCAUCCUUCAGAAGAGAGUCCAAGGCUUGGAGGACGAGAACCAGACCCUCAAAACGCGCAUCACCCAGCUGGCCAGCCUCAAGAACAGGCCGGAUGUUGAUGAAUACAUGAGGGAAAACAAUAUCUCUGACCUCUUAAUGCUGAAUGGUGAGAGCAGCACCGAUCCAGAGCCGUCAGAGUCCCCAGCCUCCUCCACCUCCUUCAACCCCCCACCAAUACCCCCUCGUAACACUACAAAGGGAGACUCCAACCUCAUUGACAUUCUUCCAAGCUCAACAAGUCCCGUCAUCUCAAACGGUGUUAACAACGAUGACGAUGACUUUAACCCUCGGGCGGAGGAGCCGUCGGCCCCCACAACCAACGGCCUCAACGGGUCGGCCUCCACUGAGAGUGAUGAUGACUUUGACCCCCGGGCGGAGGAGAAGAAACCUCCUUCCUUCAGUGUUGGCCCGGCCCCUGAGAUUAACGGCUUCAGCUCACCCCCUCCUCUUGUCCCGCCGCCCCGGCCAACACGGCCUCAUGAGCAGCAGAAUGGACUGUCAGAAGACAUCUUUGACACCAAAACGGAUCCAUUUGACUCUGUGGCGUUCUCCCCACAAGGAUCCAAUACUGAUGCUUUGGCCCAGUUUAUAGAGAUGAAGGCCGGGUUCAGCAGAGGCCUCUCCUUCGGCACGGCUGAUGAUGACUUCACGCUGGAAAGUCUGGACCCUCUCAAGAACUAGUGGUCCCCGGCAGUGAUCGGAACACAAAGGAAAAUGUAACUUGUUGGAUUUCUCAUGACUGAGCUCACUCCAGGACUACUUGAGAUGAAAAUGUGACAGAAUUUAUGUAGUCACUACCAUUUUCCACACACCCAUAUUAUGCAAAGUUAUAAAUAACUGAUGAAAGUAUACAAAACUUUCCAGAUGUUUUAUGCAAAGUACUUUUGUACUCCAUAUAGCACAUAUAUUUCAUAGCACUUCACAGUUUGGGGUGAGUCAGGUGGUCAUAUGCAUUAAAAUGGAACCAGACAUCCUUCUGAUUCUGAUCUACACCAGUAUGUCCAACAUUUUUACUUCAGAAAUUUGGUCAUAGUGUAUAUAUUUGAGUUUUUUCUCCAUAGAGCUGCAAAUUUUCAUAAUAUUUUGCUGUUUAGCUUUGAGGUAACAUAUUAUUGUUUUGUUAUCACUUGCACUUUAUCAAGGCCUGUUUUCUGUCCCUUGACACUGUUACUCUGAUCUGUGAGCCUGGAGAUGGUAGGGAGCCCCUCAAGCCUAAGGCAGGUUGAAGAAAGCAUGUAGCAUAUUUUAGAGGAAGUUUGUCUGCAGCUCCAGGGGGAGCUCAUAGCACUUUUUGGUGCAUCAGGGAGCAAUAGUGUUGACGAACACUGUACAUUCCUGUAGUGACUAAGGAAGUGAAGCUUACUGAGCAAGGCAAAGGGCAAAGGGGCUGUGCCCCUCCCACAGCCAUGUCUGCUGGUUUCUUUUUUUUAACUUUUGUGUUGUGCUGAAGCUUAUACUGCUCCAGCUCUGUUAUCACUUAGGUGAAUAUUAUCCAUUCCACAAGACUUAUUCCAACGGGUGUUCUCAUUUACCCAAUCAUAUAUAGAAGUAUUAACACAUAAGAAUAUUUUGAUAUAUCGUGUCAAAAUAGUUAAGAGAAAAACAUUGUAUGUUUGAAGAAGACUUUCAUGAUGCAUUUUACACCAUUCCUACAGACAUAUUGCACAAAGCAUUGCUGAUCAUGCUUCACAUUGAUUAUAGAAUUUUGGCUUCGAAUGUGAACUGAAAGGAACCAUGACUAAGAAAUGUCUGGUAUGCCCCAGCCAGUCUAUCUCAGUUAUCUGUGAAAGUAUUCCAUUUUUCCUCCCCCACAUUGACGUUUCUGUAGUAGAUGCCACAGAUCUUCCAUGUGUAUAUUGUACUGUAGUCAGGAAGUUUUCCUGGAUGCAGCCCUGAAUGCUGAGGUAUGCUGGCCACAUACAAGUUGCAUCUUUUAUUACUCUACUUUGGGUUCAUAAGUAUAAAUGAAGUCUUAGCAAGUGGUAAUUAUUCCAGAUAUUGAUUAUUUACCUGUGAGAAAUGAAAACUGAACCAAUAUACAAGGCCUAUGGUAAAGGAAAGUAAUCUCAUCAGAAUGUUGAAAAAUGUUACUAGUUGGAUAUUUAUAUGGGAAAACAUUACAUUCCUGGUAAUGUGAGGUGAUGUACAUGCAUGACCUGUAUUUAUUUUGCUUUACAUGUUUGUUUUGUCUCCUUGUCUUAAGCAUGUGUGUGUCACAUAUUUUAUCUUAUUCAAACAAGAUGCAUUGAUCAAAGCAAGUGAGUGAAGUAACUGUCAAAGUAAUGUAAUCUUGUAAAGCUUGAGUGUGCCCAAGAAAACUCAUGUUUAUUGGUUGGCACACUGUAUUAAAUAGAAUAUGAAGUGACUGUUAGGUAAGGAUUAAGUACCUAGUAUGAAUAUGAUGCUGAAAAAAAAUUGUAUAAUCAAGGAUAUGAUAAGCUAGAAAACUUGGUAUGAUUAUCAAAGCCAUUUUUACUCUAGUUGAGCAGGCAUUGGCCUUUUUACAAGCUUAACCCAGCCACAUGCAUCCAAGGAACCCUACGCCUCACCGCAGCACCUGUUGGCCAGAACUAAAGCCUCUCAUAACCUGACUGUCAGGUCCUGAUCACUGGCCUGCUCUGUGCCGUUGUGGUGGUGUUCAUUACCGGGCGUCACAGUGCUGGCGCGUGUUAGUAGGUUACAGAUUUAGAAAAAAAAUAAUUAAGUUGGUGAUAGAUAGAUGUAGAAAAAAUAGCCAAGUAGUUAAGCAGAUAUAAUGAUAGUAACUUAAAAGUGCUUUUGCUGUGAUUGCUCCAUAGUAUCCCAACAAAAGCUGAUCCUUAGUAACAUUAUGUAGUCACUAGUUACUGGAAGGCCCUUGCCUAUGUGAAGGAAGAUCUAUUCAUUUCCUAAUUUACUUGCAGCAUAAUCACAUGAAAAUCAAAAUCCAUGACUAUCAAACUGGUCAAUAUGGUCAUGAUAGGUUAAAGGUGUUGGGAUUCACUCCUCAUUGGUAACAAAUGCACCUUGAAGCUUUUAUCCUCAGAACAGAAUGAUGCCACAAACUUUGAUUGUUUUGAGUCUUAUGCAAUGACCAAAAGGGCCAAGAGGCCACUUUUGAUGAUUCUGGAUGAAUUGCAGUGCUCUCUCUCUCUCUACACCACCAGUUUGUAAGCCACAAACAUGCCAGAUAGACUCAAGUAGGGAAGACGUCUGUUUCUCGUGAUAAAUGAGUUGUGUGUCAAUGGAGCUUGGAGGGUGGGUGCAGCAGCUGCUGUACUGGAUCAUUAACCCUUUCCUUGCGCGCAGUGUGGAUGCGACUAUCCCCUCAGGCGCAGUCCGGCAGCCCAAUUGGGGGUCUCUUUUAACCUCUGUAUCUCAAAAACUAUUCAUCACAGCUAAAAACCAAAAACGCCAUUGGAAAGAGGAAGUCCUGAUCUAUAGGAGUUGGUUAUGUAUGCUUCUCUUGCGAACAUACAUGCACGUUCAGGGAGUGUUGAAUGUUAACACUUACGUCAGUGCGUGCGUGAUGAUCAGCCAUAUUGAGGGAACUGCAGACAUUUUUUCUUCAGAUUCUGGCAAGGGAGCAUUGCCAACUGCAAUAUUUACAACUAUUUGGUCAAAGAAUCAGUCAGAGAUAGGUGAAGCUAUGCAACAGUGCUGCUAUAUUGGGCAAGAACAUCCACCAGUUACUCGUCCGUAGAUUUGCCGCGCUGGGCUGAUAUGAUUUUCCACCAAAUUUAGUGAAGAAUCCACUCAAUUGGCAAUCCUGUGUUGUGAGAAUUAGUGUUGGAACACUCUCAUGCGCGGGAGAUUUGAGUGCGGGUGGAGCUCACAGCGGGCGUUUAGUGCCACCAGCAAAUACGCCUAACGCCUGCUGCAAGCGUUUAGCAAUGAAAGGGUUAAUGAUGCACAUGCAUCAGUCAUUAUAUUAAUGCAGUCUGUAAUCAUGAAGUAAUAUUUUUUUAAAACAAAGUAGUUGUCAUGAAUUAGAUAAAUGGUUUCAUUCUGUCCAUUCAACACUGUACAUACUAUAGUGAAUUGUUCAAGAGAAUUUAUUUAUGUUAUUUGCAGUGUGUUAACAUUACCAUCAGAGUCUAUAUUUGAUUUAGUUGAGUAUUUUAAUUAGUAAUUAUGAAAGCUAAUUAUUACUUUAUAAUUUAAGGGAAAACCUUCCCUUGUGAUGUAAUAUAUGCAAGUAGUUCAUUAGGUAAAUUUUAUUUACUUUAUAUUGUACUAUAAAAAAGUAAUGCUUAUAGUAGUAAUGUUGGUAUCAUUUGGCUGAUAUAUAUAUAUAUAUAUAUAUAUAUAUAUAUAUAUAUAUAUAUAUAUAUAUAUAUAUAUAUAUAUAUAUAUAUAUAUAUAUAUAUAUAUAUAUAUAUAAUGUCUGUUUUGCUGAGUUGUGAUGACUGAGCUGCUUGUCUCCUGUUGACCUAAAAAGAGUCAUCACUUGUCACAUAUCAUGGAAACUUGGUGCUGUUCAUAGGCCUAUGCAUUUGUUUUGGUUGAUAGAAAUUGUGAUCUGUAUGUAAUUCUUUCCUGCAAAUUUACAUUAUUUGUAUUUACAUCUUGUUACAGCAGUGAGAGGGUCACCAGCAAUGCUGUGUGUUUCUUUUGGUCAAAGUUUUUGUGUGUGUGAGAGUGUGUGUGUGUGUGUGUGUGUGUGUGUGUGUGUGUGUGUGUGUGUGUGUGUGUAAGAUGAUUCAGCCUCCUCCUCUUUUAUCCUCACAGUCUGAGUUUGAUAAACUUUACAGCACUCUGCACCAUCAAAGAUAUUUAGCAUUUAUUGCCACAAUUCUAGUAAUAUAUAUAUUUAGAUGUUUCAAGCUGGCACUGUCUGAGACUUAUAAAGGAAAAUGCAUUUUGGCAGUUUGGUGGCACAGACAUAUCUCUGGGAGGCACAACAAGUCACAAACAAAUGUUAAAGUACAAAUGCUGGUCACAAAACUAGAAACAAACUUUUGGCACUAUCAAAGUUUUUCACCUGGUAGAAGACUUUAAUGUAAUUAUUAUGUAAAUGACCAGCAUGCUCUUAUUGUGGACAUGAGUUAUUGUUUCUAGCCUUAAUUAAGAUCCACUGUCAUUCCAGUUGCAGUUGUAAUGAUGCAAGAGACAAUCCCAAUGCGAUUCUCCCUAUACUUUAGUGAUCAUCUUGUCAACGAGAAGAGUCAUGCAGCCUUUGUUGAUCCAGGGUUUGUAUUGCUGCCCACACCCAUGAAAACACUGCAUAACACCUUGGGACUACUGUAUCAUAGAGUUUGGAAUUGCUCAGAUAUAGAUAGAAAGUUAUUUGAAAAUGAGAACUAUAUCUGAAUUGUUUUGAAGAACAAGAAAUGUGCUUACGGGUGACCAGGACUUUCAACUCCUGAUGAAACUCUGCAUUUCCAGGAAUAUGAUUGAGGGCAAAAUGUUCACCAAGGCACAAGGGGAGUUGUGUUGUUCUUGCCUGUUCUGUCUGUACAUCUGAUACCAAACCGUCAUUUUGAUGAUGCUUCCUUUUGUCAUUUUGUUGGAUGGUUGCUCUACAGGAAAAGACAGUUAUCAUGUUAUUUCAUCUAGUAACAUUUGUUUUGACACAUUGCAUCUAUUUAUUCAUGACAAACACAUUCAUCAUUGGGAAAUAUUUAUGGAAUUAUAUAAUUUCUCCUUGCAUACUGUUUAGUCACUUUAUCAAACAUUCCAUGGACAGUUGGGGCCACCACCUAGUUGUUUCACCAUUAUUUCAAGGUAACUGAUUUCAGGGUAACUGUGAUGCGUAUGUCAGAUUCCUUCAGACUUUCCUCCUAGCAUUAUCCACCUUCGUUACUCUUCUUUUGUAUGGUAUUUCUAAAAUCUAUUAACUUUUUAUCCAGAUAAUCUAAGAAAGAGGAGAUUUAUACUCACUAACAUUAGUUUGUAGUGUUUGUAAAUAAAAUGUAUAUAGAGA